AUGGAUUCCGGUGACCCGACAACUCUGCUUUUGACGAAAAUCAGGAGCUUGGAGCCGGAUUACGCUCCCAAGAUCAUCGGGUACCUUCUGUUGCAGGAUUUCGAGGAGAAAGACUUGAUGCAUCUGGCUCGUGGACCUGAAUCUCUCCUCCAGUCCAUUAUACUGAAAGUGAAAAGCCAGUUGGGACUUUUCUCGAACAACUUGUCUUCACCGUCUACUCCGCCGUCUCCUUCUCCGUUGAACCCCAUCUCUCGACCACCCAUUAACGGAAGAGGAGCCUCUCACACUAAUGGGUUUAUGGAUUUCCGUAGAAACUCCCCAUCUUCUCCUUCUCCCACCUCUCCCUGGUCUCUCAACAGUAAUGGAAACGGCGCUCACGUUUCCCCCAAACAAAGCCCUCUCCUUGCGCACGACGGUGCUCGUACUGCGUCGAUCUCGAAGCCAUUGAGCUCUCAUCAAAGCAACGGACUUUCUGCUACAGAUGCUGGUGCCGACGCUGCUGAUUUACUGGAUGACCAGCAGCUGAACGACUACCUUUCAUUUCUCGACGAUUCCUGCUCCAAACCCGAGGAUGUUGUAGAUCCUAACGACAAUGGAGAGACCCAUCUGCACAGGAGGAGUUUCUCGGCAGAUGCGUCUUUUGGGUCCGGAGAGGAUGGAUUUGGUGCUGGAUGCAAGCCCUGUGUGUAUUUCAGUCGAGGUUUGUGCAAGAACGGAGACGGCUGCAAGUUUAUCCAUGGAGGGUAUCCGGAUAACGCUGAUGGUAAUGGCAUUGCCGCUGAUUCGCCCAGGAAAAUGGAGAACUUUGUCAGGCAGCACGAGGAGAUGUUGAGGUUGAAAAUGGCUUAUCAGCAGCAGAGGCUGGCUUCUCAAAUCCUGGGUAGGGCUCCCCAAUUGUCAUACGAGAAGAGAAUGGAGUUUCUCUUGCAUCAGCAUGCUCAUAGAGAUGGGGCACUACCUUUUGGGGAUGAAAGAUAUUGGAGCAGCAGCCCGGGACGGCUUGAGAGAAUGGAGCUAAUGGCAAUGCAGUUUGGUGAUCAGUCAAACGCAGCAUCUAGACAGAUUUACUUGACAUUCCCAGCUGAGAGCACGUUUAAGGAUGAGGACGUUGCAACUUAUUUCAGCCUUUUUGGAACAGUGCAAGAUGUGAGGAUCCCAUACCAGCAGAAGCGUAUGUUUGGCUUUGUUUCUUUUGCCCAUUCUGAGACUGUGAAGGUUGUACUAGCUAGAGGGAAUCCCCAUUUCAUUUGCGACUCGCGUGUUCUUGUCAAACCUUACAAAGAAAAAGGCAAAGUCUUGGAUAAGAAGCAGCAGUAUCUGCUACAACAGCAGAUUGAGCGGGGGAAUUACUCCCCCUGUUCCAGUCCAUCUGGGAUCGAUCCUAGAGAACAGUCUGAUUUCCAACUUGGUUCAAAGAUCUUCUAUGAGAGGCGGGAGAUGAUGAGAAGGAAACUGGAGCAGGCUGAUCUGCAGAGGGCUAUUGAGCUUGAAAGAAGACGCUUUGUUAAUUUGCAGCUUCCUGAGUUCAAGAAUGGUCUAGUGCCUAACCAUCACCGUAGCUUUUCUGUAGGGUCUCCUGGUUAUUUUUCAUCUGCCAGCAACCUAAGCCCUGAUUUUCAAUCUGAACUCACAGGUGCUGAUUCUUUAGAAGUAGUCGAUGAUACCUCGGAGCUGCAUCCUUAUCCCGCAAGGAGUAUUAACAAUAAUUACUCAGACGGUGCAACAGAAGGGAGUAACGAGAGUGAAGUGAUGGAACCCGACACUGGAAGCACUAUAGAGCUUGUUCUUCCUAGUAACCUCUUUCCUUCUGCAACAUUCAACGAUGACCAUAAAAUUGAUGAUUCUGCUGAAACUAAUGCAAAGGCUGCUGGCGUCUCCUCUACUAAUGGAAAUGAGAAUGAACCACCAGCCACUACCAGUAACCUUAUGCAGUAG